GCUGUCUUGGCCACAGUGGGUUCUGCCGGUGGAAUCGGGGGGUGAGGGAGGUCAUAGGGGUCCAGACAGGGCAGGGCCUGGGCGUGAGGACAGUGGGCUUCUUUUCUUUUAUUUAUUUUUAGUUGCGGCAUGCAGGAUCUAGUUCCCUGACCAGGGAUCGAACCCGGGACCCCCCCCGCAUUGGAAGCGUGGAGUCUUAACCAUUGGACCGCCAGGGAAGUCCCUGUGCUUCUUUCAAAUGCAAAUAAGGAUGGGGAGGCAGUGUGGCAAAGGAGAGUUGAAAGAGAGGAAAGACAGCCCCUGGUCUGGGUUUUUACAAAGCUCCUCCCUCUGGCCAUGAUACAGAGGUAGCUGGUUUAAAGAAAAACCAGUGCCAGACAGUUCAAGCUGUAAAACCGGAUUGUACUCAGGAGCCAUUGUAAUGGCUCCACUCCUGACACAGUACAGGCAAGCAGGUUCACAGCCAAGGAGCCGGUGGGGUCGGUGGACAGAGAAUCACUAGGAGGAGACGUGAAGGGUGAGGGGGGCGAUUCUGGCUACACUGACUUCGCAGAUUCUUGCUGAGAUCCCCUCGUGUUUCACCCGGCGGCUGGAUUCAAAGAUCUCCUGCCCCUCCCUGUUUCAUUCAUUCCCUCUGCUACCAUUUAGGGAGCCUCUGCCUUUUGUGGACCCACCCUUGUUAGGCACCCGGGACACGUCAGAGAACAAGACACACAUCUGGCCCUGCCUGCCCCGGAGGGAACUCACAGUGUGGAGGGAGGGAAUGGGGAUCCAGAAAGGCUUCCUGGAGGAGGGGACGGAUGUCCAAGCUGACACAGGAUGGCUUAGUCAAAGUUAGCCCAGGGGAGGGGGAUUGGGUAAGAGGAGAGGGGUUCCUGGAAGAGAGAACAGCAUGUACAAAGGCCCUGUGGCAGCAGCUCUGGGUGCUGAGGGACAGGUAAGUGAUGGGUAGGGCAGGGCAUCCUCCCUUCAUAAAGCCUCCUGGAGGUGGAAGCCCAAGGCCAAAGAGAGCCUCCCUCCCUUGGUUGGGGCCAGCAGCCUCCCUUUAUAAAGAUGAGAACAGGUGAGGCACAGAGAGGCAAGGGUGGGGCCCGAGCUCCCCCAGGUGGCAAGUGGCAGAACCGAGAUUCAAAUGCAGGAUUCUUAACCAGGGUUUCUUAAAGUGUGUCCAGUGUGGGUGAGGGUGGUGGUUGCUGAGACCCUUUCAGGGGGUCUUCAAGGUCAAAAUCACACAUGAGCAAAAGAUCCAUUCGAAGUGCAAAGACAGGAACUUCCCUGGAGGACCAGUGGUUAAGACUCUGUGCUCGCAAGGCAGGGGAGCACAGGUUGGACCCCUGGUCAGGGAACUAAGAUCCCACAUGCUGCACAGUGUGGGCAAAAUAAAAAUUAAAAAUUAAAAUAAAAUGAAAAAUAAAACAAAGUGCAAAGAUAGACCAAUGGCCUUUAAUGGAGCAGAGAACGAAAGAGAACAGGCCGCCUUCAUAAAUCUCUACCUGUCCAGUUCGGGUGUAGGACAAAGAAGACUGACUACCCAUGAUGACCUAAAAAGGCUAAAAAUCCUCCUCUCUCUGUGAGAAGCUGGGUUUUCUUCCUAAAUAUCAACCGAGACAACUACGGAAAUGGGGUGAACGACAAGCAGAUGUGAGAAUCCUUCUAAACCAGAUAUUAAAGAGACUUGCAAAAAUGUAGAAUAUCACUCUUUUACCUAAAAAAUUUUUUUUAAUUUCAACAAGAUGAAUUUAUUCUCUGACAGUUCUGGAGCUGAGGAGUCUGACAUGGGUCUCACGGGGCUAAGAUCAAGAUGUGGGCAGGGCUGGUUCCUUCCAGAGGCUACACGGGAGCAUCAGUUCCCGCCUUUUCCAGCUUCUAGAGGUGCCUCAUCCUUGGCUCACAGCCCCAUCCUCCAUCCUCACAGGCAGCAGCGGGGUAUCUUUCUGAACCUUCUGCUGUAGCUACAUGUCCCUUCCCUGUGAUUGUAGCUAGAAAGGUUCUCAGUUUUUUUUGUUGUUGUUAAUUGAGGUGAAAUUCACACAAUAUACAACUAGCCAUUAUUGUAAAGUAUACGAUCCAGUGACAUUUAGUGCGUUCACAAUGCUGUGCAACCAUCACCUCUAAUUCCAGAACAUUCUCAUUGCCCCAGAAGAACACCAUAUAAGUAAUCACUCCCUAUUUUCCCUCUCCCAGCCCCUGACAACCAGGAACCCACUCUCUGUGUCUGUGGAUCUGCCUGUUCUGAACGUUUCCCGUCAACGGAACCACACACUGUGUGUCCUUCUGUGUCUGGCUUCUCUCUUUGAGCAUUGUGUUCUCAAGGUCCACCCAUGUUGUAGCGAGUGUCAGUGCUUCACCCCUUUUCAUGGCCGAAUAAUAUUCCAUGUGUGGAUGGAACACAGUUUGUGUAUCCAUCAUCUGUGGAUGGACACUUGAGUUGUUUCCACUUUUUGGCUCCUGUGAAUUAUGCUGCUAUAAACAUUCAUGUACAAGCUUCUGUGGGGACAUAUGUUUUCAUUUCUCUUGGGUAGACACUUCGAAGUGAAAUUGGGUCAUAAAACCACCAACUGUUUUCCACAGCGACUGUCCCAUUUUCCAUCCCCACCAGCAACACACAGGGUUGCCGUUCCUCCCCAUUCUCACCAACACUGUUUAUCGUCCAUCUCUUUGACUAUGGCCAUCCUAGUAGGCAUGAGUGUUGUCUCACUGUAGUUUUGAUUUGCAUUUCCCUGACACUCAGUGAUGCUGAGCAUCUUUUCAUGUGUUUGUUGCCCAUGAGUAUAUCUUCUUUGAAGAAAUGUCGAUUCCGAUUCUUUGCCAAUUUUUAAAUUGGGUCGUUUGUCUUUUUCUUGUUGACUUGUAAGAGUUCUUUAUAUAUUCUGGCUAGUAACCCCUUACCACAUAUCAAUAUAUGACUUGUGAAAAUUUUCUCCCACAGCCUGCUUUGUCUUUUCACUUUCUUAAUAAUGUCAUUCAAUGCAAAAGACAUUUUUAAUUUGAUCAAGCCCACUCCCUUAAUUUUUAUUUUUAAAAAAUGUUAUUAUUUUUCAUUUAAAAUAUUAUAUUUGGGACUUCCCUGGUGGCGCAGUGGUUAAGAAUCCGCCUGCCAAUGCAGGGGACACAGGUUCGGUCCCUGGUCCAGGAAGAUCCCACAUGUCGUGGAGCAACCGAGCCCGUGUGCCACAACUACUGAGCCCUCAUGCCACAACUACUGAAGUCUGCACGCCUACAGCCCAUGCUCUGCAACAAGAGAAGCCACCGCAAUAAGAAGCACGUGCACCGCAACGAAGAGUAGCUCCCGCUCCACACAACUAGAGAAAGCCCGAGUACAGCAACGAAGACCCAACACAGCCGAACAUAAAUAAAUUAAAUAAAUUAAUUAAAAAUAUAUGUAUUAUGUUUAUGUGACCAUGUAGUGAUCAGUUGUCUUUUUUUUUUUUUUUUUUUUUUUUUUAGUUGCAGCAUGUGGACUCUUAGUUGCGGCAUGCGGGAUCUAGUUCCCCCACCAGGGAUCGAACCCAGGUCCCCAGCACUGGGAUUGUGGAGUCUUACCCACUGGACCACAAGGGAAGACACUGGUUGUCAUUUUUUUAAAGUUAACAAACCUUUAAUUUUUCUCAGUUUUAAUGUAUAACGUGGUAAAUAUUAUCCAUGACGAUAAUCCAUUUAAACAAAAGCUCGCUGCGGCCUCAGUCCUUUUCAAGAGUGGAAAAGGGGUCCUGAAACCAAAAGGUCUCCUCUGGUGGGGAGGCGGGGUGGGGCAUGUGGUCCCAUCUGGUCAGUAAGGGGGCCGGGAUCAGCAGGGCCCUGCCUACCCCACCCCCUAGCUCUUGAGAGGCCUGAAGCCAAACGCAGUGACGCCAGCCCUCAUGUGGGCGCCCGCUGAACAGCCCCUGGUGUCACGCUGAGAUUUCCUGGCGGCCAGGGUCACCAGAACGAAGCCAUGACCAACGGCGGCAAGACCACACUGACCAACAGCCUCCUUAAGUCACUGCCCAACUGCUGUGUGAUCCACCAGGAUGACUUCUUCAAGCCCCAAGACCAAAUAGCAGUUGGGGAGGACGGCUUCAAACAGUGGGACGUGCUGGAGUCCCUGGACAUGGAGGCCAUGCUGAGCACCGUGCAGGCCUGGAUGAGCAGCCCCCGGAAGUUCGCCCGUGCCCACGGGGUCAAUGUCCAGCUGGACGCCUCAGACACCCACAUCCUCAUCCUGGAAGGCUUCCUUCUCUACAGCUACAAGCCCCUGGUGGACUUGUAUAGCCGACGGUACUUCCUGACCGUCCCGUAUGAAGAGUGCAAGUGGAGGAGAAGUGUACCUGGACGGCAUGAAGUCCCGCGAGGAGCUCUUCCACCAAGUCCUGGAAGACAUUCAGAACUCGCUUCUGAACCACUCCUAGGUGUGGCUGGAGAGGAGCGGCCCAGCCCCCAAUGCAGGGACCCAGACACAAUUCCGGCCACAGUACGGCCAGGCUGGCGGCAUCCCAGCCAGACACUGCGUGACCAUUUCCCUUUGGGGAAGUCUGUACAUAUGAGAGUGGAGGCCCCACUCACAGCCCAGCAUCUCAGGGCCCGGGCAUUCUGUCCCAAGAUGCUUCUGUAACCUCGAUGGCGGCUUAUGUAUUAAACCUGAUCCUGUUUUUUAA